AGAAAUUUUAUCGAAUACUAUAAUAACCAAUUUUGAUUUAUUACAAAAUCAAGUGUAAUAACUAUUUCACUCUUUUGGUUGUGCAUGACAAUCAUAAUCCCAAGGAGACGGGAACAUAGACGGUUAUCAGUCUCCACACACGUACGUACACUAACUGUCUCACUUUAUUUGUCGUCAUCAAAACAACCAAAAAACACCUAAAAACGUGGCGAAAAUAGUACUAACUAAAAAAUGUGAACAGGUGAAAAUAAAUCCGUAAAAUGCAAUUGGUAAAAAUGAAGAUUGGGUUAAAAGAAAAAGUCCUCUUAUAAAUAGAAGUAUUUGGCGGAAGGCAAAAUCCCACGUCGGUCAAAAGCAUCCAAUCAAGAAUCACAAUUUUAGUGAUACAUCUCUAUCUUAGUUUCUUCUAACUCAAAAUGUCGACAGCACUUCAGAUCCACGCAAGCGGAAUCAAAUUACCGGUCUCACUUAUUCCUAGUACUACCAAACAAAUCUCUAGGGCUAGUAAACGUGUUGUAGGAUCAGAUGCUCCGCCCACCACCACAAAUAAAAAGUACACCAUUGCCGUCCUCCCCGGUGAUGGCAUCGGCACUGAAGUCACUCCAGUUGCCGUCGAAGCUCUCCGCCUCGCUGGCUCUCUCGAAGGAAUUGAUUUCGAGUUUAAGGAGAUGUUGGUCGGUGGUGCCGCUUACGAGGCCACCGGAGUUCCGUUCCCGGAAGAAACCCUAAAAGCGUCUCUUGAGUCCGACGCUGUUUACCUAGGAGCAGUUGGUAUCACCAAAAAGAUGCCGUCGUCGGAUCAUCUACCGAAGCCUAGGCCUGAAGUUGGCCUGAUGCGUAUCCGAAGAGCUCUCGGGUAUAUGGCUAAUCUCAGACCCAUCACCGUCUUUCCUCAGUUAUUGGAAGCUUUCUUGAAGAGGAGUGUGACGGAAGAGGUUGACUUUAUGAUCAUAAGAGAGCUCGCUGGAGGUUUGUAUUAUGGAAAACCAAGAGGCUUUGGAAUCAACGAAAAGGGCGAGGAUACCGGUUUCUGCACGGAGAUUUAUUCCAGUAGCGAGGUAUACUUAAUUAGCUGUUGAUGUGUCGCUCGAAUUGCAUUUGACACAAUGGAACGACGUGGCAGUUGCUCAGUCGACAAAGCUACCAUCUUGGAAUCGUCGAGGUUGUGGAGGAGGCGAGUGACGAUUAUGUCGGAAGAGUAUCCAGAAGUUGAUCUGCGCAUAUUGCUAGUGGACACAUCUGGCAUGGAGCUGAUUCGGUACCCCAAACAGUACUUCGACGUACUCUUGACAACGAAUGUCUUUGGAGAUAUCUUGUCGGAUGUUUCAGCUAUGAACGGCGGCAUUGGAAUGCUUCCCUCCGCCUGCAUCGGAGCCCCGGGACCGCAGCUCUUCGAACCUGUUCACGGUUCAGCUCCUGACAUCGAGGGAGAGGGACGUAGCAAUCCACUGGCUGCGGUUCUCACGGCCGUGAUGCUUCUGAGGUAUGGUUUGAAGGAGAAGGGUCGCAAAAAACGCAUAGAAAAUGCUAUUUUUGAUACCUUAAACGAAGGUUUCAGAACGCGUGAUAUUUCCACUCCCGGAGCCGAAGCUGUGGGAUGCAAGAAGAUGGGUGAAGAAAUAUUGAAGUCACUUUACGUCAGAGUUCCGUCGUAUCAAUUGAACUAG